GUUGUUGAGGGACAUCGAUCAGCUGCGUUGCGUCAUGACAACGAAGGAUUCUAUUUUGAUCAUUGAAGUUGACCUCCAAUGCGAGAAAUGUUACAAGAAGAUUCAGAAAGUCCUCUGCAAACUCCAAUCGAAGGAGAACAUCAGGAAGAUUGAUUUCGAGAACAUGAAGAACAGGGUCACCAUCUCGGGCCCUUUUGACGCAGGAAAGCUGUCCAUGAAGCUGAGAUGCAAGGCCUGCGAGGUGAUCAAGGACAUCAAGAUCGGCAAGCCCCCAGAGGAGAAGCCGCCUGCCGAGGAAAAGAAGAAGCCGGAGGAGAAGAAACCUGCCGAGGAAAAGAAGAAGCCGGAGGAGAAGAAGCCUGCCGAGGAAAAGAAGAAGCCGGAGGAGAAGAAACCAGAAGAAAAGAAGAAGCCUGAGGAGAAGAAACCUGCCGAGGAAAAGAAGAAGGGUGAUGACGAGAAGGCGAAAGCGCCAUCGUCGUCGACGACGACGGUGAACCUGCAGUUCACGAACAUAUGCGGCAUCUGCUACCCGUGGCCGUGCAGCGACCCAGCGCACUGGGGCAUCCACCACCCGCAGCAACUGAUGCCUCAGUGGCCGCCGUGCGGAGGGAUGGCACCUGCACCGGCGCCGCCGUUGCCUGCGCCGGUUCACCACCCGCACCUGCCCCCUCAGAAAUUGGGGCCGUGCGGGGGCCCUUCCCUCUGCGGCGGGUGCGGGUGGUGCCAUGGCGGCAGCGGCGGCGGCGGCAUGCACGGUUGGGCGCCGGCGGCGGCGCAGCCGAUGUGCUGCCCCGGGCCGUCGCUGUGCCGAGGGUGCAACGGGUGCAAGAUCGUGCAGGAGACCAAGUUCAGCUACGAAGAGUACCCGUCCAGUGCGUGUGCCAUCAUGUGAUUUUGCUUGCUGUUUGAGUCGGAUUAGCUCUCCGAUUAUUUUUUUUAUAUAAAUUAGUUUCUUCUUGUCAUGGCUCGCAGUUAGUUUUUUCUGAUUUGUUUCCCUGUUCAUCGGAUGUGCUUACAUCUAUGAUCGAUCAU